AAUACCUGUCAAGCAAGGAAAACAAACUUAACCUAACUUUUGAGGAUAUAAAUUUUAAAAAUAAUUCGUAAAGAAAGUAUCUUAAUUAUUCAGAUAAGAUGAUUCACUGUAACUAAUAUUAAUUUAGCCUACGAAUUCGUCAAUAUCUAACCUAAUGCCGCUCCGAGGUACACCCGUUUGUCUUAAAUGCAAAGCAACCGAGUCCCCUUUAUGGACUAAUGCUGAAAAUUUGGGAGCUGUAUGCUUAAAUUGCAUGAAUGAGACUAAAGAGAGUAUUAAAACAGAAGAAGAUGGUCCUUCAACUGAUGUUAAACCUUCUAAACAAAAGGUUAGAUCCACCAGAUCCACAAGAUUGAAUCCGUUUGCUCUUCCUAAGACUGGUAGAUCUAGAGGUAGAGGAAGACGAUCUUUGUUUAAAAGAACUCCUUUAAAAGCUCCACAAGCGGUGGCCACAACUGUAACAAGUGAGUCAGUAUUUUGUGAAGGAUUUUAUUAUCAGGUUGGAGAUAUUGUAAGACUAAUAGGAGAUGAAGAUGAUGAUUAUUACUAUGCCCAGAUAAGAGGACUCUUGACUGAUCAGUAUUGUGAAAAAAGUGCAGUCAUAACAUGGCUGCUGCCUACGAAAGAAAGUCCACCUCCAAAUGAACGUUUUGAUGCGGCAACAUACAUUAUUGGCCCCGAGGAAGAACUGCCUAGAAGCUUGAGAUGCAUGGAAUUUGUCAUGCAUGCACCUUCUGAUUAUUAUAAAUCAAGUACAACACCUUAUCCAAGUAUGAGUGCUCCUGCAGUACCAGGUUAUUUAUGGACUUCAUUGAAAUCUAUUCAGACCGCUACUUCUGGAAAGCAGUGAUGGGUAAUGUAAAGCUCGUUGAAUUUCAGUUUAUGGGAUAUUAUUUGUGAAAUAUAAGUUGCUUCAAAUGUUGUUAUAUUUUUCUUACUUAUAUAAUAUGUGAAAUAAAAACAUAUUACACUUUGA